AUGCAGUCUGGAAUAACAGCCUCCCAAGAACUUCACACGGCAUUCAAAACGUUCGUUUCUACAGAAUCACAAAGAGGUCUCCUCUGUACAAUUACUGGCGAAACUCUCACCCCGGCCGCUAUUCUUGAGCCCUCCACUUCAUCCUUCGACAAUGAUCUCAAUCUCCUAGAACCUCAUUUACAAGACAAAGCCGCCCUAUACAUAAUACUCCGUCGUUAUCCUUCUACAGACCCAGCUCCUUUCGUUGCCAUAACCUAUGUUCCUGAUUCGGCGCCUGUGCGCCAGAAGAUGCUAUUCGCAUCUACACGCCUUACUUUGGUUCGAGAACUUGGAAUCGAACGAUUUCGAGAAACCAUAUUUGCGACUAUGAAGGAAGAGUUGACGCAAGAGGGUUUCGCUAAGCACGAUCAGCAUGUUAAAUUAGCAGCGCCGCUGACAGAAGAGGAGCAAAGUUUGGGUGAGGUGAAGAGGAAGGAAGCAGAAGAGGGUAGAGGUAUGAAUGAGAGGAAGAGCCAUGUCAGCAGUGGUAUUAGUAUGCCAGCUUCACCAGAGGCAUUAGAGGCCUUAAAAGGACUCAAUCAAGAUGGGGCACACAAUUUAGUUCAGCUUAAAAUGAACAUCGCGCAAGAAACCAUGGAAUUGGCUUUAAAGACACAAACCUCUAUCUCAGAUCUCAGCACCACUAUAUCAAACACCGAACCUCGAUUCUCUUUCUAUCGCUACACUCACGAACACAACGGAGCAACCUCUUCUCCAAUACUGUUUAUUUAUACUUGCCCCUCCGGAUCUAAGAUAAAAGAACGAAUGAUAUACGCAUCAUCAUCUCGAUCGGCUCAACAAUUAGCUGAAGCAGAGGCCGGGCUCACCAUUGAGAAAAGGCUUGAGGCUGGAUCUCCUGAGGACAUUUCUCAAGAAAGUAUCGAUUCGGAUUUACAUCCAAAAUCAGAGGUAAAGAAAUCAUUCGCUAGACCUAAGAGACCUGGAAGAGCAUAA